AUGAAGGCUUCUCUCGCUGCUGUCUCCGCCGCUGUCGUGGCCACCGCCGUCUCGGCUGGUCCCAUCGAGAAGCGUGCCCGCCUCGGCCUGACCUUCGUCCCUCCCUCGUCGUCGCCACUGGCUCAGUCGUCCAACUAUGUCGGCUUCAACAACGCCUCGUAUCCUAAGCACGACACUGUCUCGGGCAAGGCUUUCGACCGCAUCGUUCAAAUUUGGCUCGAGAACACCGACUACGAGUCGGCCAUCUCGACCCCUGCCAUGCAGGCGCUCCUCCCCCAGGGUGUGCUCUUUGACAACUACUACGCUGUCACCCAUCCUUCGGAGCCUAACUACCUCGCAUCGAUUUCUGGUGAUUUCUGGGGCCUGGGCGAUGACACCUUCAACCACAUCCCCAGCAACAUCACCACCCUCUUCGACCUGCUCGACGAUGGUGGAGCUGGUGGCAAGCCUAUCUCCUACGCCUGCUACCAGGAGAACAUGCCAUACGACGGCUUCACUGGCUUCAACUACACGUCGAAGAACUACAUCACUCCCGGUGCUAGCAACUACACCUACUACGUUCGAAAGCACAACCCUUGCGCCAUGACGGACUACAUCUCGGGCAACAAGACCCGCGCUCUGUACAACCGCAACUUCAACGACCUCGCCGCGGACAUCGGCAACAACACCGUCCCCCAAUGGAGCUUUAUUACCCCCAACAUGGUCGACGAUGGUCACGAUACGACUUCGGCGUUCUUCUCGAACUUCACAAACUACUUCCUGCCGUCCCUGCUCAACGAGACCAAGUUCAACGACAACCGAACGCUCAUCCUGCUCACCUUUGACGAGAACGACAGCUACACUGCUGCCAACCGAAUCUUCACCCUUGCGCUCGGUGCAGGUGUACCUUCGAGUCUGAAGAACACGACGGACCACACGUACAUGACGCACUACUCGGCAAUCUCGACGGUGCAGGCCAACUGGAACCUCAAAUCGCUCGGUCGUGGCGAUGUCAACAAGACGAUGGCCAACGUCUUCCCCUUCUGGGCGGACACUUUGGGCUACACCAACACGCAGGUGGACGAUGCGGAUAUUCCUAUGACCAACCUCACCGGUAUCUAUCCCGGUCCGCUUAGCCCGACGGCCAACACGCUGUUCUACGCACCCGAUGAUGUUACCGUUACGGGUGCAGGUGGUCAGCCCGUGUUGGUCAAGAGCGGAUUGAACACCAGUCAGACUCUGGCCACUCUUCCUCGCACCAACUUGACCGCCAUCGGUCAGAAGCCCGUGUGGAACACCGACCCGGGGUACAACAACGUCAACGUUUCGCAGGGAGCAAACUCGGCCGGCACGAACGCCGCCAAGACCAACGCGGCUGCUAGGCCGUUUGUUGCCGGCACCGGCAUUGCUGCUGCUGCUGUCUUUGCUGGAUUCGCUCUGUUUCUUUAA